AUGGCCGGGCUCAAGGAGGGUGACCAAUUCCCAGACAAUGUUGUCUUCUCAUACAUCCCUUAUACCCCCGAAUCCGCCGACAUAACCUCCUGCGGCAUCCCCCAGAACUACAACGCAAGCAAGGAGUGGGCUGAUAAGAAAGUUGUGCUCUUCGCCGUCCCGGGCGCCUUUACACCCGGUUGCUCGGUGAGACAUCUGCCUGGGUACAUCCAGGCCUUGCAGGAACUGAAGGGCAAGAGCGUGGAUGUCGUGGCUGUCCUCGCAUACAAUGACGCCUUUGUGAUGAGUGCCUGGGGCAAGGCGAAUGGUAUCAAGGACGAGAUUGUGAGUCAAUUAUUCUUCUCCACUUGUCGUGGCUGCGGCGAGUACGAAAGGGGAGAACAAGAAUUUCUACGCGAGACAGAAAGUCAAACCCCGGCCAUGGCUUAUUAUUCGUCUACGAAAGACAUACGAGGUGGAAUUCUGCUAUUUACGCCCCCCAUCACCAUAUCAUACCUGGAGGGGCUUCACUGA